CAUUUUCUGUUUCUUUAAGAUGAGCUCCUCAGACAGGUGACCAUCGACUGUGCUGAGAGGGGCCGGCUGCUCUCGCGGGUCAGAGAUGAGAUUCAAAUGACUAUUGCUGCCUACCGGACUCUGAAUGAAAACAGUGUGGCCUUUGGGAUGAGGAAAGCCCUUCAGUCAGAGUCAAAGGUUGACAUGGAGAAAAAAAUUACUGAUCUUGACGAUGAGAAACUGGAGCUGAAGAAGCAACUGAACGAACUCAAGUCUCAAUGUGAUGCCAUUGAAAAACGAAAAACUGAAAGGCGACAGAUUGAAGAAAAGAAGCACGUGGAACAGAUCCAGUUCUUCAAGAGAACCAACCUGCAGCUCAAGACCUGACUGGAAUUGAUCCUCACACCAAAGAAGUAACAACACCAUCAAUAACAGAGUGGCCAUUUGACUGCACACAAUGUAACAUUUGUCUUGUUUCUAAAUAUCUAUCAAUGUAAAUUCCACGCAGUGUACUCAGAAAGAGUUUCAUUUAUUCCAAC